GUUUAGUUGAAAACGAGUCUUAAACCGAUACGCAAGUGUUUCUAUGAAGUUGUGGUAUUUGAAAGACAAUUCUUUUUUUUUGUAGGAAAAUAAACUUUUGAACAUUUUUCAUGUACGGACUUUUCAUUUCACAUCAAACUGUGUGGUUUUUAUAAGAAUUUACUGAAAAGUUUCGAUCGAUUUGUGAACGAACGGCAAUUAUAUUGUGGUGAAUUUUGUAUAUUUGGAUUGAUGUUGAAAGUCAGAAAUAGAAUUUUUGAAGCUAUUUGAAGACGCACCAUAAUUAGAAUGAAUGUGCGCUUCUUGUUUGAAAAUUGUUGGUGUGCAAAUCAAACGACGCAAUUGUUCAACAGUAUUUGAUUGCUGGAUGAAUUGUUUCGUUUUUUCGGUGAAAGUGUAGUUUUUCACCGUUUCAGCAAUAAAACAGUGGAUUUGUCAAAGUUUCGAGUGAUUUUUUAUGUGAAGAAAAUUUAUUUUCGAAGAAAAUAGUGACCAUCAAGUAUUCUGUGCCGAUUUGUAUAACCGAUUUGCCGAUAGUGAAGCAGAAAAAUUGGAAAUAUAAAAAAAAAAUUGCUAAAAAUAAAUUUGUUGUGAAAUGUUUGUGCAGUGAUUGAAAUACCUGAAGGAAUCUAUGAAUUAAUUCAUUGGAAACUCAUUAAUGGAUACUAUUUUUCACCUUUGUGGAUUACACUGGAACAACUUAAUGUGUACUGGUGUUGAUGUCUGAACCGAAAUUCAACCACUGAUUUCAUUCAACUUGAUCUGAUGAUGACUUGAACGAAUUUAAAUAUUCCGACAAGUUCGUAAUAUUUGGUUUAUAUUAUCCAUCUUGGAAUAAAUUUUGGACAAAAUUAAUGGAUAACAUUUUGCCAGCGUGAAAAAAAAGUGAACAAAACAGUAAGAAGAUUUUCAGAAAAGAGCAAGUGAAGUAGUUAUUUACUUGAGAGUUGAAUUUUAUGUGCAAACGGAUUACAAAUAUUCAGUGAACCCAUUCCACUCGUCCGCCUACGUUUGGAAAUUUUAGCAGCCGCACAAAGAAACAAACACAUUUUUUGGAUUUGCCAACGUUAAAAAUUCAGCAACAUUUUCAAUGGAGGAGACUGAUUUCGAUUGGUUUCCUUAUCUAAAAAGGAAAAUUAAAUAUUAAAAACUUGGAAUGUUGGGAACAAGUGAAGAACGGCGUUACAUGGGACCAGCUGGUUCACAAACGCAGCAUCACCACAAUUCGCAUCCACAUUCAAACAACCAACAACCAACUGCUGUACCACAUUUGGCGCCGCAUCCAAACACUCCAUUUCCGUCGUACUUUUCGCCAUACUCACAUUUCCAGCAUUUGGCUGCGUUGCAUACCAGCGCUUUUGGUGGCAGUAAUCUAAACACAACCGAUCUUUUUUUGAACCAAACAAGCGCUCUCACAUCGAGCCUAUGGCCCGGUUCGCCAACACUCUCCUCCACAACCAAUGGUCAAUUGCCUCAAACACCGUCUAGUGCUGCUAGCAGUGGACGCGUAUCCGCUUUUGAUUUUUAUACUAACGGUCAAGUGACCGAUUCGUUACUGGCCACAAGAGGUUACAGUACACCACCCGUCAGUGCUCCAUAUUUACCGGUCUCAUCGUUGGAUUUUGUGGCAAAAAAUUUCCAAGCCGCUGCUGCAGCUGCCCAGUUUAGCCAACAGGCAAAGAGUCUCUUUUUACAAUCACAAACCGAUCUUUUUGGCAGUACUAUAUCGACGACGAAAAAAAGUGAAACAUGUUUCGGCCGAUGGCAAACGACCCAUCAACAGCACGUAUUCGAACCACUUCAUAUUCAAGUUCCGCCAAUUACGACGACCAAUAGUAUUACAAUAAAAAGCGAGAAUAUCAGUUCAGGUAGUUCGGUGUCAUCACAGCAGUAUUUGCAAAAAACUAGUACCGAUAGCAAUAAUCAAAUUAAUGGAUUUAGUUGUCCAUAUUAUUCGCCGCCAAAAUCGACCACGACAAAAACAACAGUAUCUACAUCGCCAAGCUCGCGGCUCACCAAUGGUACAACGUCAUUGCCCAUAACUCAUACAACGACAUCAGCCGCCAGUACACCUCAUACCAAAACAACAAACACCAUCCAUUCUGUACACGACAUUACUUCUGGUUGCAGUCGAACCAUCCCAAUUUCAUGGAAUAACUCAUCACUUUUACAGAUAAAACGUGAACCGUGUCAAGUGUCUGAAGUGACGACAUCAAAUAAUUUCCCGUCGACGACUACAGUUCAAUUAAAAGAGCAACAAAACACAACGAUAGCCACAAAUCGGCCAAUUGUCAAAAGUGAAAUCAAAUCGCCAACUGAAACGUCUUCUUCGUCAACAGUAUCGCUAUCGACCGCCACAUCAAACAUGGAGCACACCAGCAAUAAUUCAGUUCAAUCGGGUGCGAUUCCAGUUGGGAUAGCGGUGGCACGACAACGCCUUCAAGAACAUGCUCAACAGCAGCAACAACAUCAAACGAAAGAUAUCAACCGAUUCGGCAAUAUAGGCAUUGCCACUGAUUUGGGAGGCGCAACAUCAGCAUUUACUCAACAAAACAUGUUUUACACAGGUACGAAUUCAACCAUGAUUCCCUUUUCUUCAGAUGUUGCAACUGCGGCUGCCGUUUCCAUGGGUGUAUCGAACGUUCAAAACGCAGUCAGAACUCCGCCUACGUUAUGGCAAUAUCCAGCUCCCAUGCCUGUCGAAUCGAUGUUGCCACCCGUACCCUUUCAACUGCUUCGCGAUCCAAACAGUGGGCAGUUUUUGUUUUUCCCCACAGCAGCCACAUCAAUAGGUCUAGAUAAACUUCUUAUCUCUUAUCCAUCAGAACCAUUUCAACAAGCAGUCGUCUGGCCAGCCACAUAUACUCAGCCACAGACUACAAUUCAGCCGACUCAGCAUUUAUUAAUGCCGCCAAUCACGGCCGCACCAUCAAUGCAACCACCACCAUUGGCACCGUUAUUAUUCAGCGCAUCUGAUUAUUUAUCGGCCGGUACAACAUUGCAUCAGCAUACACAAACACAUAGCACUCGACUGGUAGCAUUGGCAUCUGAUAGUAGUAAUAAGCGUAAGACAAGUCAUAACCCAACGAUUCCAUUGCCAAUUCAACCAGCACCGACACUGAUCAAAAUUGAAGACACCGUUCCAACUUUGGCUCCGUUUGAGCCCAAAUCCUCUGGCUUACAGACAGCUACAAUAACAGCGACUCAAACAAAUGACGUUGUACCAGAUAUUGCAAGUCAAUUGGGCAACUAUUAUCAAACACAUGGACUACAUGGGAACUUAAUACAACUAGCACCACACACUUCAGUUGGUGCAACACAAACACUUUCGAAUAAUGGAAAUAAUCAAACUAUUUCGGCAUCAAUUCCUCUGCUCAAUACUUUGGAUUGCAGAGCACUGCAGCCGCAACCAAUGCCACACAUUUUAACGCCACCUGAUGUGACCGUUUCGACGAUGUCUUGCCUAACACCGAUUUCGGAAACAUACUCAAGAUGCGAUGAUAAUUUGGAUUCAUCAGGUGUCAGCAGUUUACCCGAAGUUCAAGAUGCAACCAUUCAAACCGACACUCCAGUGAUGAGCGAGGAUGACAAUACAAAUGGUGCCGAUGAUUCAGCGUAUGGUUCGAACAUCGUGGUGAAUUCCAAUUCUUCAAUUGAUGAAAUGAAUAUUUCCGUACCGACAUCAUCUUCGUGUGUUGAAAUGUGCCAUAGCAUGACAAACAACAUGGCAGAGUGUUCCUCCAUUCAUUCUCCGCCACAAAAUAUAUCACCGCAAAGUACAAGUACUGCAACGGACUAUAUCCAUAGCUCAAGCAGUGGUGUGAAUUUGAGUAGCACCAUCUCUGGAGAGAGCCACAAAUCGACUGAAUGCAGUUUUGAGAUGGAUGUAUCGUCAACAAAUAUGAUAGAGGAUGAGAGAUCUUUCAACCAGCAAACGCCAGAGUGUGAUAUUGUCUGUUCAUUUUCGAACGUUCGUACAGUAACGCCACCAUCUCCGCAUCAACCGACGGAUUUGUCAAUCAAUUCAAGUGCACAAUUUUUGUCAUCACCUCAGGAGAAGCCAAUACCGAACAAAUCCAUUGUACCAGACAUUAGCGGCUUGGAGUUGCUCUCUAAUAGCAUUGAAGCAUUUGAAAAGCGACCAUUUAUCAAACAGGAGCCGAUAGAUCGAUCUCAAAUUUCGCCAAAUGUCUAUGAUCCACCGUCAUACGCAUCCCAAUGCUCCAACACCGUCGUAGAAGUUCGACGUGCAAGUGUCGAACGUUUCGAAAGCAGAACGCCAUACGAAGAGCGCAUUUCACCAACUCAAACACCUCUGCAUAAGACUCCUUACAUUCCGGCCAAUGAACAGUUGGGUGGAUUGAAUUUGUUGUGCGCAUUGGCCGAACAACAUUUCCAAGAAGAAGUUAGCAAUGAACAUCGUUUGGAGCGCAAACGGUCAUCUUCAUCUGAAGAAGGAUCUGAGCCGAAACGCGUCAAAAAACACAAAGAGAAGCACUCAAAUAAAAAGUCAAAGAAGAAGGAGCGCAAAGAAAAGAAACGUCAAAGCAGUGAAGGUUCGAAUGGAAUCUCAUCGACGGAAGAUGCCGUUGAGAAAGACUUCAGGGAAACGUUCGAUCGAAUCAAGGAAAAAUACAUGAAAUGUGAUUGCCGAAAGAGUUUGACAAAUGAGCCAUGUUGCUGUAAAAUGAAAUUCCCAACGCCCGAAGAAGUUUAUGGUGCAAUGAAAUCGGAAAUGAGACAUCAGUUGGCCGAAAUUAAGCGAAAAGUAAAAGAAGAAGAACGAAAACUGGAUGCAUUCAAUAGCAAAGAGCGAUUGCAGCGUGAAUCGACUCCUUCGUCAUCAAAAAGCUCCAGCUCUUCGUCAAAGUUGUCUUUCACAUCGAUGCCAACAUUUUCGCCAUCGAUUCUCUCCUCGUCAUCGAUCGACUGCAACCAGAGUACUGUGGUUGAAUUCUCUUCGAAUGGAAAGAUUUACAGCGACACUGAAUCUUGUUCUUCGACUUCGUCCAAGCGAAAAAUGACCACCGCAUGUGAUCCAAUUGACUUCCAGGCAAAAAAGAACAAAAGUUUGGUUGGAUACAUAUUCGCAUCGAAAAAACGAAUCAACGACAGUAAAUUCGAGAGCAGCCAAUCGGCCACGGAAGAUGGAAGCAUCAAUUCCGAUGUUUCAGCGUGUCUCAAACGAAAUGCGGCAAAAAUCAAACAGGAAAUCUACGAUUUUGAUGAUUCCAUUCCGAAUCCAGAAGUCAAACUCUUCGGAAGCUUUUCGGAUGAAAGUCGUAGCAAGAAUCAUUUGAGUGGCGUGAUCAGUGAAGGCACUGUCAAAUUGAAGCCGUCGGCCCUAUCAAAACAUAAUAAUAUUAACAAUAACAACAAUAAUAAGAAAAUGAAAUUGGGCAAAGAUCGAAAGCAUCAUCGAAUAUCCACAGAACACAAGCACAAAUGCUUGCUGACCGAUGAAACAUUGGAUGGUUUGAUCGAUGGCAAAAAGCAACGGGUACUUACAGCAAUGGGUGGACUCUUUUAUGCUGGCAAUCUAACUGCUGUUAGCCCACCAGAUCUUUAUGGAGUUACGCUUGAUGGCGAACGUGGCAAUAAGGCACAUAUCAUGUCACGUGAAGAUAUUCUCAGAGAUGCGAUCAUCGAGAUGGCACCAACUUCAGCAGAAGAAGUUCCACCUGGUACGCGAUUGUGUGCAUAUUGGAGUCAACAAUAUCGUUGCUUGUACCCUGGAACAGUGGCGGCUUCGUCAUCCCCUGAAUAUGAAACCAAUUCUAAAUAUGCCGUUGUUGAAUUUGAUGAUGGUGACAGUGGUCGCAUUGCCAUUGAAGAUAUUCGCUUCCUAACUUCCAACUAUCCUGUCGUUGAAUACGACCCAAAUCCAUUACAAUCGUUAGGAAAACGUAAUAAGCAAAUGAGCAAACUUACAGACUCAAAUCAACCGUCAACAAGUGCGAAUGUCUUUAGUGUGCAGCAUGAGUCGGGCGAGCAGCUACCAACCCGCGAAGAAAAGGAGGCUAACAAGGAACGACGGCGGCUCAAAAAACUGCGAAAAGAUAAGCUACGACAAUUGUCGUCCAACGAUGAUCCAAAUGGAAAGCAUAAGCACAAGCAUAAACAUAAGUGCGGUGAUGAAUUGUGCAAGCAUCGCAAGCAUAAAAAACGAAGAAAGCACAAAAAACAUCAUCACCGUGAGCUCGACACGAUCACAGAGCCAAAGGGAUCGUUGAUCCAAGAGAAAACCAUUGAAGACGACGAGCAUGAUGAAGACAAUGAUAGUGGCGACUCACAUGAGAUGCCAAAGACUGUUGAGAAAACGGUUGAAUCUAAGAAGCAAUUGCAGGCCACCAAAAAUGCCCUAACCAAAUCCGUUAAUAUUAAACUCAACAAGAUUGAGUGGCCGAUUGACGAAGAUAUUGUGUCAUCGAUUACAGAAGACAGCUCCGGCUCAAGCUACAAUCCUGGAAAAGGGAAAACCACUUCGAAUGAGAAGCACAGCAGAAUAGCCGCAUUUUUGCCAGCACGACAAUUGUGGGCAUGGUCGGGAAAAGGCUUCAAACGAACCACGGGAAAAGGUGCACGCAACAAAAAAGUGUUCUACAAAACAAUUCAACGUGGCAAAGAGACGAUUUCGGUUGGUGAUAGUGCGGUAUUCCUGUCAACAGGACGACCAGAUCGACCAUACAUUGGGCGAAUCGAGUCGCUCUGGGAAAGCAACGCAAACAAUAGAGUUGUCAAGGUGAAAUGGUACUACCAUCCUGAAGAGACUACCGGAUGCCCUGAUCUCCUUUAUCCGGGUGCUUUAUUUGAAUCUCCACACGAAGAUGAGAACGACGUUCAAACCAUAUCGCAUAAAUGCAAAGUAAUACCAUUGAAUGCGUACACAAAGAAAUAUGGACCAGAUCCAAAGCAAUACACAUCAGUAUAUGACAAUAAUGAUACGUUCUACUUGGCUGGCUAUUAUGAUCCGACCGUUUUGCAAUUGAAAAUGGAAAGGAAUAUUCCAACGACAACAUCAUCGGUUGAUCAAGACAAUGGUGAGAAUUGUGACGACGAUGACGUUGACGAUAAUGCCACAAGUGUAACGAAUGACAGUUAAAUGUAUCUGAGAAACUUUUAUAAAUUCGUUUUAUUUUCAUCAUUUUGAUGAAACUCUUUUAGAAUGCGAAAUCGGUGAUGUUCACUUUAGCUCUGGUGAAAAGAACAUUUUCAGUUUCUAAAAAAAAACUCAUUGUUAUAGUCAUGUGCAAUGCAUAAGAAAAAAAAAUUGAUAUCAAAGACAAUUUGAAAUCUAAUAUAACGGGACUUACGAUCACUACGACGAUGUGUGAUAACAAUUUGUGAUUAUAUGUGAAGUGCACGGAAUCGUGUUAAACUUUGUCAUAAUUCAUUUUUUUGAUAAACUCUUCAAUUGAAAUGUGUGGAAUUUAAGUGGGUUAUUGGAAGAUAAUUCCAUGACGGCAUAUAAUUUGAUUUGUGUUAAUUUUAAGUCGUGCAAUUUCAUUCACAAAACAAACUUUUUUUAACUGUCAAAACUUUGGCAAUUUUUUUGCGAACGAUGGACAAAUGAAUCGAAGUGAAGUGCAAUAGUUUGAUAACAAUCUAAUUGUUGAUUUUUUAAUUCUAUGACUCGAUUGAUUGCACUUUUGACAUUUUUUCUCUCAAAAAAUGAAUGAUGUGCCGUACGAAAUUGAGAUUGUCAGUAUUUAUGGAGCGGAGUGUGGUUCGAAAAUCUAACAACAUCAUCCAUACUUAUGGGAUAUUGAUCGAUGAAUAUCGAAAUUGUAAAUAUAAAACUGUAUGAUAAUACGGAGUAAUAGAGUAAGGCAAUGAAAGAGCGUAUCAUGCAACUGAACGGCAGAAUAAUAUAUAUAAAUUCCAAGUGUAGAUGUGCUUAUUUUCAAUUUUACUUAUCAAAUUAUUCAAGCCACUUAUUAAAACAUAUAUAUCUCUUUAUGGUAGAAAUUUCGCAUUCUAUUUUUCUAAAAAAAAAAAUACACAAUGCUUACUAACUAAUCUUGACUUACAUUAAUUGUUGUGAACGAGAUUUUCUUAUAGCUCUAAUCACUUGUGAAUAAUAUGAUUAAUGCAGGUUUUAAGUCAACAAGUCUCUUGUAGUUUUAGUCAUCCGUGACACAUUAAAUGAAUUAAUAUUCUUGAAUGCUAUACAUAUAUACGUGUUAGGCCUAAGUAAAUAUAUUACUCACUUAAAAUUCAUUUAAAUGGAUCUACUGAAAUCAAAAAAAAAAAAACAAAUUCAAACAACAUUUUAUUUAGAGAUUAAGCAACACACAAUAAAUAUUGGAUAACAGGAUAAAUAAUGGAAUCGAUAGAUUCGAAUGAGGAAACGUGUUAGAAUUCCAACAAAGUAUAAGUCAAUUACCAAUUUUCAAAGACAAUUUGUAUGCAAAAUUUGAAUUUAGAAUCAAAGAACUACUAUUUUGAUAUUGUUUUUUAAGAGGCAACAAAAAACAAACGUUUUGGCUACAAUUUUGACCAUUUUAAAUCUUGAGAUAUUAAUUUUCAUGUAUCGAGAUCGAAAUAAUGAGAUCAAAACAAAUCAAUUCAUUUUAGUUGAAUACAUGGUAUUUGCAUAACGUAUACGAAUAUAUUGGCUGAACAAAUGCGAAAUAUGAAACGGAUUUGUUAAUCAUAUGUAUCGUUUUAAAGUGAAAUUUUUGAUAUGGUUUAGUCGUUUAAGCGCAUUCUAAUCAGUUCAAAUAAAAACCCAGUGAAAAUAAAAAUCAGUUUUCUUUUUCAAUGAUACCAAUUGAUGAACGUACUUUUUUCAUAUUGCCAAAAAUGCAGGUUCCAGCAUUGUUAAGAGUCUUCUCCUGUUUUUUUUUUUGUGUUUAAUUUGGAAAAAAGAAUCUCACAAUAAAACAGUACAACACAUUGAGUUGAAUUUUUUUUUAUUGAUUUUUGUUUGUUUGUUUUUUCCCCAGUGUUGGGACAACUUAUUAUUAUGUGGAUAAUAAAUUAGAUGAAAAUCAUACUAAAUAGCUCAAGACAAGUGAAAGAGUCGUUCAUUUAAAUGUCAAUGAAAACUGAAUCUAUGUAAAAUGAAAAGAGGGAGAAAAGAAAAGAACAAAUUCAUUCAUAAACAGCUUAUUUGAUGUAAUUUUAUAGAAUUUAAUGUCUUAAUGUAUCCUUUUUGCAUUAUUAUGCUUACUGUAAUUUAUGUUUGAUUCAACGUAAUACAUACAUGAAAAAAUAAAAUUACUUCAAUGAAAUGUGUUUCAUUUAAAUGGUCUAUAG